AUGGUCAAUUCCUGCUGUGGCUCCAUCUGCUCUGAGCAGAGCUGUGGCCAAGACUUCCGCCAGGAAGAGUCCUGCUGCCGCCCCAGCUGCUGCCAGACCUCCUGCUGCCGCCCUACCUGCUGUAUCUCCAGCUGCUGCAGGCCCCAGUGCUGCCAGCCAACCUGCUGCAGACCCACCUGCUGUAUCUCCAGCUGCUGCAGACCCUCCUGCUGCAGACCCAGCUGCUGCAGACCCACCUGCUGCAUCUCCAGCUGCUGCAGACCCUCCUGCUGCAGGCCCCAGUGCUGCCAGUCCCAGUGCUGCCAGCCCACCUGCUGCCGCCCCAGCUGCUGCAGACCCAGCUGCUGCAUCUCCAGCUGCUGCCGCCCCUCCUGCAGUAGCUCCAGCUGCUGUGGCUCCAGCUGCUGCCGCCCCAGCUGCUGCCCUGGCUGCUGCCUGCGUCCAGUCUGUGGCCAAGUCUCCUGCCACACCAGCUGCUAUCGCCCAACCUGUGUGAUCUCCACCUGUCCCCGCCCCAUGUGCUGUGCCAGGCCUUGCUGCUGCUAA